AUGUGCGACGGGAUCCUGAGAUUGCAGCUUCCAGCGGGAUGCGACGUAGGCAAAAGCCGACGACGUAGCCAUAGCCAGGUCGGUGGAAUGGCCAUACCCUCCCAGCGGGCCAUAAAAUACCUGGGCGUGAUGAUCGACGCCCGGCUCUUCUUCCGCGAGCACCUGGAGUACAUCCAGGGCAAGGCUGCAGCCACCAACAGGGGCCUCGCUAGGAUCCUUAUCAACACCAGAAGCCCGAGACAGAGAAGAAGAAGGUUUCUCGUCAGGGUUGCCUCGGCGCAAAUUUUGUACGCCGCCCCCAUCAGGGCAGAGUCGAUGAAUACGCCCAGCUACAUGAGAACAGUAAAUGCAGCGUACAGGCGGGGAGCCAUAAGGGUAGCGUCCGGUUUUAGAACGGUUUCCGAUGAGGCCAUCCUGGUCAUUGCGGAGAUGGCCCCUCUGAAAGAGCGCGCUCGCGAGCUCAAGGAGCUACAUGACGCUCGCGCCCGUUAUGAAGGUGCUGGCGGCGUCCUCGAUACAACCACAAGGGCAGAAGCCAAGGAGAUGUCGCUCACAGCCUGGCAGGAGUUCUGA